AUGCCUUUUGUUUUGGGACCCUCUCUUUGCAGUUGGGGUCCAGACGAUGACGGCAAAACCGUGGACGGGCCUCACCAGCUUGGAAAGGCUGCCUUGCAGCAUGGGGUGAUGGCCGGCCGGCGAGGCUUCGGCAGCAUCUUUGUGGUGGCCAGCGGCAACGGAGGGCACCACAACGACAACUGCAACUACGACGGCUAUGCCAACUCCAUCUACACCGUCACCAUCGGAGCCGUGGACGAGAUGGGCUUCAUGCCUUUCUAUGCGGAGGAGUGCGCCUCCAUGCUGGCCGUGACCUUCAGCGGCGGGGACAAGCUCAUGAGGAGCAUCGUGAGUCUCUUCCCUACGUUGCCGUGCUUGAAUAAAUGUCCUGCUUCUGGUUUGAAAGUGUUGUUUCCUGUUUAAUUGUAUCCCAGGACUUGACCCUG